AUCCCGCCGCUGAAAUGUCGUGGUGGAAGAACGGGAUACCGGUGCCCGGCACCAGGAACAGCACCAAGCCCGGAUUACACGGCGGCUACCUCUCGUCCGUCGAGCUCGCGCUGGACUUAACCGAGGACAUGAACGGCGAGGUGUACACCUGCGAGGCGAAGAACGCCGAAUUGGGGAGAUCGAGCCACGACGCCACGACGCUGGACGUGCUGUACAAGCCGAUAUUCUCGCCGUUGGACCCUUACGAAUUAACUGGCUUGGAAGGAGAGCCCUUUGUAAUUUCCGUAUCGGCGAGGGGCAAUCCCAACACGACGGAGUACACGUGGACGAGGGACGGUCUGCCGUUGGGUAGCAGCGGUAAGAGAAUAACCGCGCACGGUUCCACGCUAAAUAUCACAAGAUUGGAUCGUCAUGACGCCGGCACGUACAUAUGCGAGGCGCUGAACAAGGAGGGAACCACCUUUUACCAGCUAAAUCUGACCGUGCAGUAUCCGGCUAAGAUCAAACGCACUUCGUCGUCGGGGAUAGUUUAUCCGCCGGGUAUCGAGGCGAAGCUGUUCUGCGAGGUCGACGGCAGCCCGAUCGGCGACGAGUACGUCACGUGGCAGAAGAUAGGAUCGAAUCCCGAACUACCGGGACGUUACUCGACGUCUUUCGUUAAUCGGACGUCGUAUCUUCACAUAGAAUACCCCAGCCAGGAGGACGUCGGCGAGUAUCGGUGCAAGGUCAACAACGGCAUCGGCAACGUGACAUCGGAUCCCAUUAUAUUCAUCACGAAUUUUAAGCCGGAAAUGACGAACACCCCGCUGACGCGAAAGGCGGCGGCGAACAAAGGAAUAAACGUCCAAUUGUUCUGCAAAGCGCGGGGAUCUCCAUUGCCGCGUUUCACUUGGAUCUUCAAUGGGAAAACUUUAUUGCCGAACGCAACCGAGGAUAAAUACAGUAUCAUUCACAGCGAUCUGACCGAGCUCUACUCGGAAACGACGUUGACCAUCUACCACGUGAGAUCGCAGGACUACGGAAAGUACGAGUGCCGCGCCCAGAACAAGUUGGGACAGUCGAGCGACGAUAUACUCCUGGACGUGACGUCGCCGCCGGACAAGCCGGACGACUUGGAGGUCUACAACUACACGCACGACUCGGUCACGUUGAUCUGGAAGCGCGGCUUCGACGGCGGCCUGCCGACGUCGCAUCAGAUACGAUGGCGGCAGGCGCUGGAUUACGACGAUCGUUAUUAUUAUCUGGACGUCCCGCCCGGCGAGUACAAGGCCACCAUAUCCGGCCUGUUGCUGGGGACUUCUUACGUGUUUAGCGUGAAAGCCGUCAACGAGAAGGGGGACAGCGGCUUCUUGCCGGACCUCGUCAAAGUCCAGACGCUUCGCCCGAAUAAUGAGGAAAACCUACCGGACGUCCUCUCGGAAAAGGGCGACUUUCCGAUGAAUUAUAUCUAUACGUUAGCGGCGACGUCCGUCAUCAUUUUUAUCGUUAAUGUCUUCAUCAUGUUGUGGUACAUUAUACGAAAGCGAAAUAAAGCUCGCAUUAAUAAGUCGCAGACCGCGGAUAUGUACGCACCAUCCACCGUCAACGGCGACACCAUGACCGGCGAAUUAAGUUCGAUGUCGGACGAGAAGAGCGACGUCAACUUCGACGCCAAUGAUUACGUGGUCAAUUAGCACAAGAGCAGUAUGUUAAAUU